CAGUUUAACAUGUCCUUCCCACUCUCAUUGUCAAGAAAAACCAUUCUCAUUUCAAGAAGAAAAAAAAUGCAGUACUUUUCCUUCCCUUCAUCGUUACCCAAAAUCACCAUCUUUCUCUUUUCAUUUGUAUUCGCAGCUUUAGCAAACGACACUCAUGAAGCCUUUCUCGAGUGCCUGACCACUCGUAUACCAUCCAACUCCACCUUCACUCCGCAAUCCAUCAUCUACACUCCAAAUAAUCCGUCGUAUUCAACUAUAUUGGAUUCAACGACUCAAAACCCUCGUUUCCUUUCUUCUUCGACAAGAAAUCCAUUUGCGAUCAUCACACCACUUCACGCCUCCCACAUACAAGCCGCUCUUUACUGUUCCCAGAAACAUGGCGAGCAGAUGAGAAUCCGAAGCGGUGGCCAUGAUUACGAAGGCCUUUCUUACCAGUCCAGUGUCCCGUUUUUCAUACUUGACUUGAGAAACUUGAGUUCUAUUAGUAUUGACGCGAAGAGCAAGUCUGCGUGGGUUCAGGCCGGAGCGACGAUCGGUGAACUUUACUAUGGGAUAGCCAAAACGAGCCUGAAUCUUAGCUUUCCCGGCGGCCUUGCUCACACUAUCGGUGUUGGGGGACAGUUAGGCGGAGGCGGCUAUGGCUAUUCGACGAGAAAAUAUGGGCUCGCGUCCGAUAACGUCAUCGACGCACAGUUAAUCGACGCUCGAGGAAGAAUUCUCGAUCGAAAAACCAUGGGGGAAGAUUUGUUUUGGGCCAUCCGCGGUGGCGGAGCGGGAAGCUUUGGAAUCGUUCUUGCCUGGAAAAUCCGCCUUGUUGACACACCAUCGACAGUGACUAUAUUUGAAGCCGUGAGGAGUUGGGAAAACAAUACGACAAAGAAGUUUAUCCGUCGAUAUCAGCGUCGCGCUUCCAAAGUCGAUAAGGAUCUAACCAUCUUCGUCGGAUUCCGAACUACGAGCUCUACAGAUGAAGAAGGGAAUGAGAAAAUUUCAAUACUAACUAUCGUCACAGCCACAUUCCACGGCAGCCAGGAUAGGCUCCUUCCAUUAGUGCAGAAGGAGUUUCCCGACUUGGGUUUGGUCAGUGAAGAGUGCACCGAAAUGUCAUGGGUUCGAUCCAUUAUCCAUUUCAAUUUAUUCGGGGAUGGAGAACCCUUGGAGGUUCUACUCAAUAGAACGCUCAAUUUCGAAAUGAAGGCUUUCAAAUUGAAAUCUGACUACGUGAAAAAGCCUAUUCCAGACGACGUGUUAGAAAAAUUGUUGAGUAAGUUGUAUGAUGAAGAUACAGGAGAGGGUUACAUCGAAUUUUUUCCUUACGGAGGCAAAAUGAGUAAGAUUUCAGAAUCUGAAAUCCCGUUCCCACACCGAUCUGGAAACCUCUACAACCUUCGGUACAUGGUGUCAUGGAAAGAUGAUGGAAAUAUCACAAGAACCAACAUGCAUUUUAGCUGGAUAAGAAAUGCUUACGAUUAUAUGACUCCCUACGUGUCAAAAGAUCCGAGAGGUGCAUAUCUCAACUUCAGAGACCUCGACAUCGGAGUUAAUGCCAAUGAGAGUGACUACGAUUACGUCGCAAAAGCAAGCGUUUGGGGUACUAAGUAUUUUAGGAAUAAUUUUUACAGGUUAGUUGAUAUAAAGACAAUAGUUGAUCCAACCAAUUUCUUUAAAUACGAGCAAAGUAUCCCACCUCUUCCUCUACAUUCAGCAAUUUGAUUGGAGAUGCUUGUUGCCUUGUAUUAUCUGUCGUCAUUAGUUUUUUUGUAUUUUCUCCCUUUGAAAUAAGGUCGUUUAGCGACCAAUAUGUACGAUGUUUUCAAAUGCAAGUAAAAAUCCUUUUCUAUGCUUUGAUUUCCUGA